AUGGCCCUGCGAGGCUCGGUGACGGCAUUCCAGCGUUUCCUGGCAUCAGCCUGGUGCUCACCAACUUUGGUGACUGACACGGCUACCUGGCGCAUGGGUGGCCGACGUGUCCUCUUGCCAUACACCGUUUACAAGGUAUAUCGCCAACUUCGAAGUCAGGAGUUUGACAGUUUGCGUAAAGCGGCCCUCGAUUGCAUCGUGAUGCAAGCAAAUUCCCCGCAGGCCUCACUCCGGAAGACGGCCAUGCGAGCCCUGAGCGAUCUGGUUGAUAUGGACAUUUCCGUGCUCAGCUUGAGGGCAGUGGAGGAAACAGUGGACAUGCGUCUUCGUGACGAGUCCUCCUGGGUUCGGCAGGUUUCCCUGGACCUGCUCGGGCGCAUCCUAGAAGGAAGCCUGGCUGAGGCUCUGGUCAGCCAGGCGUCCCUGCAGGGCAGCGGUGGUGAGGCUUGGUGCUGCGGCCAGCUGCUCCCAAGCGGCCAAGCACAGAGGGCAGCCAAGGAGGCCCAGAGCUCUCAUUUUGCAUCUCUCCAUGGCAUUGCAAGUGGCUACAUGCAAGUACAUGGUGACCCGGGCUUCGGUUUCACAAGACGGUGCGAGGGCGGCUGCCUUAUGCCGCGAGAGGCUUUCGUCCUCUACAGCCAGCCAUCAGAAAGGAGAUGCCAGAUGCUGCGGCGAGCAAGAGGUGAUGACGACGGCGUCCUCGAUGGAACAUUUAAGGAGGUAGCUCAGAAUCUUAUCGACUCUAUGCCUCUGCCUGCCGAAGACAAGCAGGCCCACGAGGCUUACAGAAUGGGCCUGGCAGCCCAGGGUGACGGAGAUCUGCAGGACGCGGUGCGCUGGUAUGCGAAGGCGCUAAAAUUGGAAAGCGAUCCAUUUGAACGUGGCUACAUUCUGUACAACUUGGGCAUUGUAUUUCACGAGAAUGGUGAGUACACCAAAGCAGCGAAGUACUACAUGAUGGCUGUGGAUCAAAACUACCAAUUAUACUCUGCCUGGAACAAUCUUGGUGUGAUGUAUCACGCCCAGGGAGUCAAAGCAGAGCAAGACAUGCGAUUUGAUAGGGCAGAUGCUCUCUACGAGAAGGCAGCAGAGUACUGGAACCGAGCGGCCAACUUGGCACCUGGGCAGUACGCCGAUGCUGAGCGCUGGUUGCUGGAAACGGGCCGGGCGCAGGGCGAAUGGACCCUGGCCCCAAUCUACGAUCUCAACGGCAGCUUGAUGUGCGAAAUUGGAGUGGAUGCCCGUGAUACCUGCAAUGCAGUGCAAUCCUGUUAUGGAAAGCAUGAAGUUCGGAUAAAUUCCUUGCAGAUCCCGAUUGGGAUCCGGGUCACCAACUCCCGGGUGUCGAAGAGGCGCGUGAAUGACACCGCGGUGAUUGUCAGGCGGCAGGCCACGAAGAUCCUCAGCGCAUUUGUGUUGAACCACCCAGACCAUCCAGAUGUGGUACCCGUCACACUGGACCUGCUGCGACGCUCCACUGACUCAGAAGCUUUGCGCAACCUUGUUUUGGGCACCUUCGAACUCCUGUGGUUCAUGGACGAUGAGCCAACGCCAGAGGCCGCUCGUCAGCUGUGUCGGGUGGUGGAUGCCUCUCGAACCAUGGUUGCUGCCUUGGGUGACGUCUUGCAGGAGCUCCUGCGGCGCUUCCGGAAAUCCAUCGGCUCUCGCAAGAACUCCAAAGGCUACGAGUUCGCGAUCCGUCGCUGGACAACAUUGAUUCUCAACGAGUUCGUGCGCAUGAAGUGCGGACAAAACUUGGAGGCACCCGCCAAAAAAGCCAAGGGCAUCAAAGGCGAGCCGCAAGCUGCCGAAAGUGCGGAGGAGCAAUGGCUGAUGCGCCGGUCGCUGCUCUCCACGCUGGAGGCGUUCUCUGCGACGCAGCCCAAGGAUUUGCUUGUGCACCUGCGACCCCUCACGAUCUACCUUGCCCUGGAGGACGACUCGCCACCUGAGGACCAAUGGGUGGCCAUCAAGGUUUGUCGGAUCCUGGCCUCCGUCUUACCUUUUGUGGCGGAAAGGCGCGGCCUCAUGGAUCAUCGGCAGGUCCAGGUGGACCUACAGGCCCUCAUCCGCAACCAGCCGUCCAGUGGCGUGCACGAGGCUGUGCGCUGUCUUUGUCUCGUCGUGAAAUAUGUCACCGGCGACUUGGCACAGAUCGUCUCGCACUUGAACGUUGCAGUGCCAUCCCUCUCACGGCUUUGUGCCACUGGCGAGCAGAAGCCUGGCAGCCUCGAGCGGAUCCAGUUGUUGUACAUGAGCCGUCAAGCUUGGGUGCUUGCAUCCAUCAUGGAGUGCCUCCACAUAGAUGAUUAUGUCCAGAUAGAGGGCAUCAACGUUGCAGAUCAGCCUAAGCGUCGUGUGCUGCCACGGUCGGACCUCAAGUUUGAGUUUGUUGGAGACUCUGUGGCCACAACCGUGCUGGACCUGCUGCUGAGGUUGAAUGCAAUUGGUGAGUCGCAGCUGCGUGCAGUGGCUGCCUCCUGCAUGGGCUUCUUCUUGAAAGGUCACCGUGGCUUCACCAAAGACCGGCGAGUGGCAGAACUACUGCACAGCGCCCUUAGUUCCAGUGAUCUCCUCCUCUGCAGAAAAGCGCUGGAGACGCUGUCAUCCCUUCUGGCCCACUUCCGCUCCGAGGCAGACCGGGAGUCCAAGUCUGGCGCGGCCGACUUUGCAGACAGCCGCGAUGGCCGUGUUGCUGGUUCGCAGACACAAACCCAGGCAGCUGCGAAGCCCGGCGAGGCUGCCACCAAGACCAACUCGGCCAUAGAAGCGGCACAGCCGCUUGCAGCUUUUGCCGAUGUUGUACUAUCGCACAUCACGCUUGCUGGCAGCGUGGGCCCAGCUGCAAGUCGGGUAACGUCCCCGAUCAAACGGUCCCGCACAAAACAAAGCGAUGCAGCUGCACCCGCAGGGGCGGCACAUGAGGAUGCUGUGAAAUCUGAAGGCGUCCUGCGGGUUCGAGUUGAGGCUCUGUCCGUGGUACGACAUCUUCACCAGCAAGGCUUGGUGAAUCCAAUGUCCGUGUUGCCCAAAGUCUUUGCCCUGACCUUUGCUGGCGAUAUUCGCCUGUCAGAGCCAGCGACUGCCAUGCUGAAAGAGAUGCUGGAGCUCAGGCCCACCUUGCUGCUAAAUCGACUUGACGAAGCCUUCCGAGAGGCCUUCCUGGCACUCAUCUCGGCUGCGUCGACGCCUGUUCGGCUCGGCGAGGCCCUGGCGCCCCAACAGCUCUCGGGAUUGGGCGACGUCUAUAUGGAGCGAUUUCGAAAGCAGAAAGCUUUGCGGGAUGCCUUCCUUCGGAAAGCUUUGCGUGAGCUACAGCGGCUGCCAACCACUCGGUCAGAGGAGCGUUUUGCAGAGCUUGCAGCCCUCGGAGUAGUCAGCGUGGAAGAUGCGGACGGCUCCAGGAGAGCUGGGGGAGAGGCCCCCGGCCGGAUCACUUUGCGGCAAAAGCAGCAACUUCUCUACGCCCAGUUUAUGGCGUCAGCUGUGACAUCUAUGCCUUUCGCCUUUGAGAACGAGCCUUUGCUUAUCAUCUUUGAGUGCAAUCAUCACCUUGCCCUGCAUGCCGGGGCCUUGCUCGCGUCCGCUGACGGAGCUUUGAAGGAAAAGGAGGUACUCUCUCCUGAGCAGGUUUUUGUGGAGGCGCUCUCCAUCAUCAGCUGCGUGGUCCUGAAGAGUGUGUUGAAGAGAGAGUAUAAUCUUUCUCCCGAGCAAUGCGCGACCUUCAACCCGAAGGAGCUACGGCAGGAGCGAAUCAAAGUAUUUCCGACUUGGUCCUUCCGAGGGGAAGAUGGACAGACACCGGCGCGCAGCCGUUUCCCAGCUAGCGAGUGGCUGGAAAAGAUUUCUCCUCUGGUAGAAAACUUUGGUCGGCCAGAUGAGAUCAUCUCCUACAUCCGCAAAAUCACGGAUGCAGACCCUUGGGAUGACAGUCGAACGCGGCACGAGGCCAAAGUCGAUCAUCUCGAGGGCCGGCGCCAGGGCCGCAAAAACAAAAUGAAAGCCUCAAAGGCGGGAUCGAAGGCCACCAAGACCACAAAGGCCACUGCGAUGGAUGGGAAGGUCACUCCGAAGGGUGGCCGUGGCCGCGUUGAGAAGGGGAAGUCGACGCCCAAGAAGAAGCCAAGGAGGAGGGCCGGCGCCCUGGACUCUGAGGAUGACUCAGACUGGGAGGAGCCAGGUGCUCGAAAGCGGCCAAAGUUGCAAGCCAAGGGGGCGGCCGAAGAACCAGACCACCGACAGCAGGACUCAGAAGAGGAGCUGCUGGCGGAAGAUGCUGACUGA